AUGCCGGCCUCGGACCGCCCGCGGCGCAGUGCGGCGGACGACGAGCCGGAGGAGGAGGAAGAAAACAGGCGACCGGUGCGCGCCGCCCGCGGCGCGCGCCGCCGCAUCGUGGAGAGCGACGGCGACGACGACGACUUCGACGCGCCGUCGAUCGACGACGACGACGACGACGGCGACGAGGAAGCGCCGCUGCCGACGCGGCGGCCGAAGCGCGGCCGCGCGAACGAUGACGAGGACGGGGAGGACGACGGGGAGGAAGCGCCGCUUCGGCGGCCGAAGCGCGGCCGCGCGGACGACGCGGUGCCGGAGGCGGCGGCCGCCGAGGACCCGCCCGCCGAGGAGGCGCCACCCGCGCCGGAAGCGCCGCCGCCCGCCGCGGAAGCUGAAGCGGCGGCGGCGCGGCCGGCGGCCGCGGCGCCGGAGGACGAGGAGGACGAGGAGGACGAGUCCGACGACAUGGCCGUGGACCGCGCGGCGCUCCUGCAGCCGGCGACGCGGUGGCCGAGCGACGACGAGGCGCCGCGCCGCCGCGAGGACUCGCCCGGCUCCGAGGAGUUCGAGCCCGAGGACUCGUCCGAGGGCGACGACGACGACGACGAGGAGAGCUCCAGCGACGGCGUGCGGCGGCGGUUGCCGCCGCGGCGCGCGGCGCGGCGGCGCACGCGCAACUCGAGGCGCGCCCGGAGCCCCUCGUCCUCCGUCGAGCGCUACCCGCGACGCGAGCGCCGGCCGGCGCGGCCGAUCAACGUGUCGGGCCUGAGCCCGAACCAGGGCCUCGCGGGCGCGCCGCCGCCGCGCGGCCGCCGCGGGCGCGACGGCGGGGACGACUGGCGCUACAAGAGCGACAGCGAUGGCGGCGGCGGGGGCCGCGUCGGCGGCUACGCGCCGAGCCCGCCGCGGCGGCCGCCGCGCCGGCGGCGGCCGCCGCCGCCGCCCCUGUUCGACUCGGACGACAGCUCGGUCGCGCGGCGCGGCGCCGACCAGCUGUCGCGGCGGCGGUCGCUGCCGCCCCCGAAGCACGACCUCGACCUCAGCUCGUCGUCGGACGAGGACGCCGCGGCGGCGGGCGCGGCCGGACCGGCGCCGGCCGUCGCGCCGUUCCAGGGCGUCGCCGGGCUGGACCACCACCUGAAGGCGCUCGAGGAGAUGGUCCUCCUCCCGCUCAAGGAGCCGAACCUGUUCAAGAGCCUGGGGAUCACGCCGCCGCGGGGGGUCCUCUUCCACGGACCGCCGGGCACGGGCAAGACGUUGGUAGCGAGGCAGCUCGCGCGGGCGUGCUCCGCGCACCUCGUCAAGAACCGGCCUCACGACGACAGGGCCGAGGCCAAGAGGAGCGGCGUGGCGUUCUUCGUGCGGAACGGCGCCGACUGCCUCUCGAAGUACGUGGGCGAGGCGGAGAAGGCCCUCGGCAGUCUCUUCGACGAGGCCAAGGCCAAGGCGCCUUCCAUCAUCUUCUUCGACGAGCUGGACGGCCUCGCGCCCGCGCGCGCGGCGGGCCGCGGCGGGAGCGGCGAGCUGGCGCAGCACUCCGUGGUGGCGACGUUGCUCGCGCUCAUGGACGGCCUCGCCGACCGGGGCGACGUCGUCGUCAUCGGCGCCACGAACCGGCCGGACGCGCUCGAUCCCGCGCUGAGGCGGCCGGGCCGGUUCGACCGCGAGCUGCAGUUCUGCGCGCCGGACGAAUCGCAACGGCGGGCCAUCCUCGCCCUGCACACGGAGAGCUGGGCGCCUUCGUCAAAGCCCACGCCGCAGCUGCUUUCAGCAUUGGCGGCGCGGACCGCCGGGUUCUGCGGCGCGGACCUGCGCGCGUUGUGUACGGAGGCGGCCCUGGCGGCCGUGCGGCGCGCCCGGCCGGACCUCUACGAGAACACCCCCGGGAGUAGGACCGCCGUGGUGGUCAGCGCGAGGGACUUCGAGGCGGCCGCGCGCAAGGCGGCGCCGGCGGCGCUGCGGCGCAGCGACCUGGACGUCGACGCGUGCGCGCCGCAGGCGCUGGCGCCGCACCGGGCGCCGCUGUACCAGGCGUCCGUGGACGAGGCCCUGCGGGCGCUGGGCGCGCGGCCGCCGCCCGCCGCCGCGGAGCCGACGGGGGCGUCGGCGGCCUUCGCGGCCGCGAUAUCGGCGCGCCGCGCGCCGCGGAAGGCCCUGGCCCCCUUCGCGGCGCCGGCGUCCCUCGUUCUGGCGGCCGCGGACGGCGCGCGGUCGCGGGACGUCGUCCUCGCGGCGGUCGCGCACGCGUUCAAGGCGCGGGGGGCCGGCGUCGCGGAGUGUGGCUACGCGACGCUCCUGCGGGACGCCGCGCGCACCGGUCUGCCCCUGGACGCCUGCCUCGCGGCGCGCGCGCGGGACGCGCGGCGGACGGCGGCGCCGCACGCCGACGCGGUCCUCGUCGUCCAGGACGUCGACGGGUGGUCGGCGCGCGCGCCGGACCCGCUCCACCUCGCGUUCGCCGCCAUCCUCAACGAACUACGCCGGGACCAGCGGCUCGUCGUCGUCGCGACCGCGGCCGACGCGGCCGCGCCGCGGCCGGCGUGGCUCGCGGACGCGGCGCUGGUGGUCGUGCCGCCCGCGUCGCCGGCGGCGCGGGCCGCGUUCUGGACGGCGGGUCUCCUGGACGUGAAGGCCGCGUUCCGCGCGGCGCUCGAGGCGCUCGCGGCGCCGCCGCCUCCGGCGGCGGAGGCGCCGGCGGCGGCGCCGCCGGCGCCGGCGCCUCCAAAGGCCGUCGUGGCGAAGCGGGACGACGCCAAGGCCCGGCACUGCUGGCGGGAGCUGCGCGUGUUUCUGCGGGCGUGCUUGCGGGAGCUGCGGAGCGACCGGGCCCUGGCGCCGCUCUGGCGGCCGGUCGACCCCGAGGAGCAGCCCGAGUACCUCGCGGUCGUCGCGGAGCCGCUGGACCUGGGCGUCGUGCGGGCGCGCGUCGACGCGGCCCGGUACAAGACGCUGGGCGCGUUCCUGGAGGACGUCGGAAGGGUCCGGACGAACGCGGCGAGGCUCCGCGCGGCGUUCCCCGGCGACGCGCGCGCGGACGACCUCAGCCACGCGGCGCACAACGCCGAGGACCUGUGCCGAAGCAUGGCGCACGCGUUCCGGCGGAAGCUGGGCUGGGACCUCGUGGCCGCGUGCGACCGGCUGGAGAAGCGGAGCCUGCGGCGGGACCGCCGGGCCGCGCGGGCCGCGGUCGACGCGGCCCUCGCGGCGCGGGCGGCGCCGCCGGACACGCCGGAGCAGCCGCCGCCGCCGCCCGUCGUCGGCGAGGACUCGUCGCCCGACCCGACGGACGCGGACGGCCCCCGGCCGCGAAAGAACGAGGCGGACGCCGUCGAGCGGGCCUCCCAAAGCUUCGCGGCCGCGGUCGACGCGCUGCAGCCGAGGCUGGAGGCGGCGACGGCGGCCUGCGACGGCGCGGCGCUCGAGCGGCGCCUGGACGGCCUCUUCGACGCCGUCGCGUCGAUCGACGACGGAGCGCCGGACGACCUGCCGGGCGUCGCGGCGGCCGCCGCGGAGCGCGUGCGGCGCGCCGCGGGCGAAGAUGCGGGCGACCGUUGA